UUUACUGACAAAGUCGUAAUAUCGAAUAACCGAAUCGUUGCGACGGGGUUUCGCGGAGUGAACGUAUCGGCCGAAAAUAAUACCAGCCUCGAGCCUCGCUUGUUAUUUCACGGUUCUUUUUUAUCGCGUCGCAUAAUUGGGCGUUUCGCGUCGUCGCACGAUAUACCGUUUCAAUUUGCCUUUUUUUGAUGUAAAAAAGGUGUGGCGAUUUCUUUACAAAUGUAACCGUAACGUCAGUUCAAAUUUCGGAAAAUCAAAUACCUUUACACCCGACUUUUAAGUAUUACCGGUCGCAAUUGAUGCAACCUUCGGGAAAUAAACGAGCUACCGGGGUCAGAGGUGAUUCGGGUAAGCUGUCAGAUCGGAUGAGCGACGUAGUACGUUAAUUAUUCUCAUCCCUUCGCUCCCGAGAUACGUGGAAAAUAAUUCGGGAAUUCCGAUAUCGAAUGAAUUGGAUUCUGUGUGCGUCGUGUAGGGUACCGGAAGAAGCCUCCGCCUUGGAAACGAGAGUCAACGAUCAAAAUGGGGGUGCCAACGAGCCAAACGUUCGCCUCGUGCUACAUGGAUCUCUGCAAACAACAGCGGUUCCGACCGCUUCCCAUUAUCAGCGUGACCCUACCGCACAGUUUGGACUUUACCACGGAUCGCGUGAAGAUGGAUGACUGGGGACCGAUUCUCCAGUCCCUCUCGCUCGAUCAAACGCUCAGAUCGAUCGGUAUAAGAAGCAGGUACCAGUGCAGAAAACCUCUCGAAGAAGUCAACUCCGAGGAUAAAGCGAGGGCGAUCGGAAAGGCUCCGGUCGUCCUCACGAGGUUUUUGCUCGAGUGGUUGUCGCACAGCGUUUCGCAAUGCGUGAGAAAUUCGCCGGUUCUGACUUCCCUCGAACUCGAAGGGAUCCCAUUGCCGCCCGACUGCUUGGCGGUCCUCUGCGUCGGUCUGGCCGCCACUGGUACGCUGAAAAAUUUUUCCCUCCAAAGAUGCCGGAUCGGCGACGCUAGCUGCGAGAUGAUUUGCCGCACCGUCGCGGGUGUCAAGAGCAUAAAGUCCCUCAACUUGAGUCAGUGCGAUCUGACGUUCAGAUGCGGACCGGCGUUGGCCGCCGCUUUGUCCAGACAGAAAUUGGAGCUGUACCACGAAACGUGGAAGGACUCCCUGCGAUAUCGGGAGCCGGACUUCGAAGCCAUGCCGGGUCUUCGUCGCUUGACGCUCAACGGUAAUCCGCAAUUGGGCGAUUUCGCUGCCGGGGAAAUAAUCGAAGCCGUGCGAGACAGUCUCUGGUUGAAAGCGCUCGAUCUCCACAACUGCGGUCUCACCGACAAGACAGCUUGUCAAUUUUUAGACCUCCUCGGCGCCAACCAGACUCUGAACGUCGUCGACGUCCGUCUCAACCCUGCGAUCCGGAGCGAACUCGUCGACGAGAUAAUCGGUAAAUUGGAAUCCAGAGUCGACCCCGCCACUUCCGAAUACCGCUGGAUGUGCCUACCGCAAAAAAGUAAACCCGCCUCGACGAACGCCGACGAAAAUCGAGGAUUCGCCGCUAAAACGACCCUGGCGAGGUCGAGAAGCGCGCUCGGCAGACAGCCGAAAAGACCCUGUCGUCAAGUCGGACCCCGGAGAGCGUCGACCGCGAUCUCCCACAGAGAACGUCGGAUGGACGUCAAGACGAUUCCGCGACCGCUCGACUUGGCGAAGAUUUCGAACGCCAUCGAAGACCCCGAAGUCGCGGAGAAUCCGCCGAGGAUUUCAUUGCACGUCGAUCUCCGAGCGAAAAUCGAGGACGUCGCGGGUCACGACGACGAGGAAAACGUCGCCGACGAGAUUCCGCCCUGCGAUCCGAAGAUCGAAGAAUUGGUCUCGCGAUUAAACGAGGCGAAAAUGCGGCAGGAUCAACUUUUGGAGGAAAAUAAACGCGGCGAUCGUCUACUGGCGGAAGAGAAAGUGCGUCGCGAAACGGCCGAAGCGAAAUUGAGAUCGGUGAACGAGAAUCUCGCCGAACUCGAGGCGGCGUUGAAAUCUAAGGAGAAAGAGACCCGUGGAUACAUUCUGAUAAGUCAACAGUCGGUCGACGAAAUUUGCGAUACCUUCGACCGGCUGUUAGGCAUGCUCGACAGCGUAACGCGGAAUCCGAGCGCACUCCGCAACGGGAACGCCGGCGACGAAAUAGCUGCGAGGGAAACGAUAAAACGUCACCUGGCUCAUCUCAUCCGCAAAUCGAAAUCCGAGAGUCAUUCCAGACUGAACGGAAUGCCCGACGCCGCAUCUGCGUUACAGCGGGAGAGUUUCGGCACCGGGGGGGUAGUGAGAAAAUCCGCAAAGUCGGAAGCCGACAUCCGCACGACGACGACGACGAGGGCACCCGGCACGCCGGUCGUUCGCGUCGAAAGAAACAUCGGCGACAGUACGGACGUAACGUCGCCGACUCGCGAAAUAUCGGGAAGAAUCGAGGACCGCAAACUGUUCGAUUCACCGGGUCAGAGAGCGCGGGCGAUAUUCGCCCAGAUAUUGAGGGACGGACCGAUUUUAACGAUCGGAUCCCACGUCGGUUAGAAAAGUGUUGGAAAAGAGGGGGAAAAAAAAACAAUGAAGAAAAUACGAAUGAACAAUAUGCUAACAAUAUCGACGGUUGACGCGCGGUUCAAGGGACAGCAGGUUUUUCUUGAAAUGUUUGAAUAACAGUCGGCGUUCAGCGGGGGGUUCAUGCAAACUCGAGUGAUGAAAAUAUCGAUGACUCGAUAAUCAUUAUCUACGUUCAACUAGUUUUUACAAACACUUUACCGAUUCUUUGUUAAGCAAAUAAUAAAUGCUGUUGUUUUUCAAGAUAAUAAUUAUAGCGUGAGGCAGAAGCGGUGUUUGCCAAGAGAAUCUUCUGUGCCUCGCCUCGAGGUUUACACAUUUGACGACAUUGGGUUUCGAUUAUUUCCAGUUCAACGGGCCACACAACGUUAGCCCCGGUCGUACCGUCAACACGGCAACGUUCAAAGGUAAUUUUUAACGACUAACGCGUAAAAUGAUCAAGUCGCGCAAGUUACCUUCGAUCACACGUUCAACUAUACGACGUAGGCGCGGUGGACACUGUCGCGCGAUAGGAUCAAAGAUGAUAUCCAAUGUCUAUAUGAUACUGCGUCACCUCGUCCGUGACGUGAACGCGAUCGAUGUCGCACACGCUCCGCGGUACCAUAUAAUUCGCGCAAUCGAUGGCUGGCGGUGAAGAAAAAACCGUAAUCUAUAUAUAUGGAAAAUGGCAA